UUGGACGAAUUGCUGGCCAAACGCAAUACACCCGUCGAUUCGGUGAUCGAGUUUAACAUCGAUGACGAUAUUCUGGUCAAACGGAUCUGCGGUCGACUGCUUCACGAGCCGAGCGGACGCACGUAUCACGAAGAGUUUUACCCGCCGAAGAAGCCAAUGACCGACGAUUUAACUGGGGAACCAUUAAAGCGCCGGUCGGACGAUAAUCCGGAGGCUCUUCGGACUCGUUUGGAUGCUUUCCAUAAGCAGACGGCGCCGUUAGUUGAGUACUACAAUCGCAAAGGUCUGUAUACAACGGUGAACGCCGACAAACCGGCGCCCGUUGUGUACGACUCCAUACUGUCGGCCUUCCGGAAGGCAAAGUCCAAAGACCUCGUGAUCUUUGUUUAAUAUAAGGACACUAUUUUCGGGUACUUUUUGGCCACUAUUUGGUCAAUACUUUUUGUAAUACAAAAAGUGGUUCUUUUAUGAGCCUUUAGUUCGGGUUUUUUACUCUUAAAAAACUAUUUGUUAUUAAUAUUAAAU